AUUAUUAUUAUCAUUAUUAUUAUUAUUAUUAUUAUUAUUACUAUGAUGAUGAUGAUGAUGAUGAUGAUGAUGAUGAUGAUAAUGACCGUCAUUACUAGUGUCGUCAUCUCAUUAUUUUGAUAUAUCAUCGGUGCGCACAACCUGCUCCUAUAGAUACAAGAAAGCCUCUCACCGUCCUGCCUUGCUCAUGUGACUGCCUGUCUGCACCAUGAACUAUGACACCCUCUGUGAAACUUUUUCUGUUAAUAGCCUUACAGAGAGAGAGAGAGAGAGAGAGAGAGAGAGAGAGAGAGAGAGAGUGGGUGUCUCUUCUCUUGGUAGUGGAGGUGAGUCAGUGUGUGGUGUGAGCAAGGCAGGCGUCCUCGUGACAAGGCGUGACAGGGCGUGGCGUGGGGCGGCUGGAUACUGUGAAAAACUGGUGUGGUGGUCUGUCUCCUCUGGUUAAAAACGAGUAAUGGCGCUCCAGGGGGUGAGUGUCACUUGGGAUCCAAGCCAAAUGCGGGUCUUCUGACUAAGCUCCAAGCCAAGGGCAUCGACGGCGGUCUCCUGAAGCUACUCGAAGAUUAUCUCCAAGGAAGGACGCUUGGAGUUGUCGUCAAUGGGCGGACCUCAUCACCCACCAAUAUAGGAGCGUCAGUUCCACAGGGCUCAGUGCUUGGCCCAGUCCUGUGGAAUGUUUAUAUAGACGAUCUGCGCUAGCUUCCUGCAGUCAAGGCUUACGCCGACGACUGCACAAUCUCCCUCUCCUACUGCCGCCAGGACAGCCAGCGCGCCGUGGCCAACAUCAACCGCCAGCUGAAGGCAGCAGAAGAGUGGGGGAAGGUGUGGCAAGUCACCUUCGCGCCGGACAAGACACACGCCAUGGUCAUCUCACGAUCCCCUGCCGCCUCUCAGGCCGUGGAAGGACAACUACGGUUUGAGGGCGAGCAGCUGCCUCUCCAGGAACACAUCAAGAUCCUGGGAGUCACCAUGGAUCGUGAGCUGCGCUACGACACCCACAUCACGUCUGUAGCCCGCCAGACCUCUCAGCGUGUGUCAGCCCUGCGCAGGAUGGCUGGCAGUCUGGACUCGCGAGGCAUCCUCACUCUCUACAGGGCACAAAUCCGUCCCUGUAUGGAGUACGGUGCCUUGACAUGGAUGUCCAGCGCCCAUACCCACACCAGCCGGCUCGACGCGAUACAGAGGCGCGCUCUUCGUCUAUUGGGGGAAGACGAGGAGAGCGUGGCAAGUAUCACGUCACUGGAGCACCGGAGGGACGUGGCAACCUUGACGGUGUGCCACAAAGCUCAAGUGCUGCACACACCUCACCUCUCCCGCCUCAGCUUGCCGCCACACCCACCCGAGAGAAAUACGAGGCAAGCAGUGGACGGGGACCAGCAGGUACUGGUGCCUCUCUCCCGCUCCUCACAACACCAGCGAACAUUCAGAGCCAGGGCAUUGCGCCUGUGGAAUCAUUUCACGGUGGCCACGCCUGCUGAGGUAACGGGACUAUCAACUCAGCAGACAAAAGUGGCCGCCAAUGUCUGGAGAAGCGCUCUCCCUGCCCGGCUAGUGUUGUGAAGUAAAGUGCAGUGAUGUGAGGUGUCACAACAAUAUACUAACGUGAAAAAGACGUUUAGAAUAGUUCCUUGCCAACACAAGGAGCUUUAUGUCUAAAUCUCUAUCUGUACCUGAUAUAUUGUUAAAUAAUAUGAUGUAAAUCAGUGUAAGAUGAUGUUUAAAUAAAAAAAAAAAAUGAUACGACUGGAUAACUAAAUCAGAGAGAGAGAGAGAGAGAGAGAGAGAGAGAGAGAGAGAGAGAGAGAGAGAGAGAGAGAGAGAGAGAGAGAGACGUCCAUUCUUAAACGCUGACUCGCUAAGUAGUAAUUGAACGAUUGAGCUGCAUCAAAGGAAACGCCGGAUACGAAAAGAAGGAAAAAAUCCCAAAUUCAUCAUUAAAAGAAAUCCAUUUAAUCCUCGGGUCAAGAGAGAUCUGGAGACGUCUGACCUACGAGGAAGAUAAAGGAAAGAUGAUGGGAAGAUGAAGGGAAGAUAAAAGAAAGAUAUGGGGAAGAUAACACGAAGAUAAAGAGAAAAUAAGGGAUAAGAUGAAGGGAAGAUAAAAAAUAAAAAGAUAAGAAGGAAAAUUUCGUAGAUUUGUAUAAAGACUGUUUUAUGCUAUGUGUCUUGUGGCAUUACCGUUUACUUUGUAGCGAAGAUUAGCGAAGGAGGAUGAAGGAAAGGUGAAGGGAAGAUAAAAGGGAAGAUGAAAGGAAGAUAAAGAUUAGACAAAAGGAAGUUAGAAAGGAGAAGAUGAAAACACUUUGUGCUUUGCGUGUCUCGUGUCUCGUGGUAUUAUGGUUUGCUGUGUAGUGAAGAUUAGCGAAGAAAGAUCAAGGAGAGAUAAAAGGAAGAUGAAGGGAAGGUAGUAAAGAGAAGAUGAAAAUGGGAAAGAUUUCAUAGGCUGUUUAGAAGACUGCCUUGUGCUGUGUGUUUGUGUGUGUCUCGUGGAAUUACUGUUUUACUUUGUAGUGAUGUUUAGCGAAAAUUUGUUACAUCUAUUGUUCGUUCUGGAAUAAUCAUGUUUUAAUCCUACGAGAUGUUUCGGAUAAAAAAAAAAAAAAAAGAAAAAAAAUAAUUAACGUCUGUCUUUUAUUCAGUUCGUAGUUUUUGGUUCUUCUUCCUCCUCUCUCAUUCUUAUAUUUCGGUUCCUCCUCUUGUAUUCCCAGUCGUGGUUCUUUUUCCUCCUCUCACAUUCCUAGUUCUUGAUUCGUCUUCCUCCUAUUGUAUUCCGAGUCGUGGUUCUUCUUCUUCCUCUCUCAUUCCUAGUUCUUGAUUCGUCUUCCUCCUGUUGUAUUCCCAGUCUUGGCUCCUCUUCCUACUCUCCCAUUCUCACUUCUGGUUCCUCUUUUUUCCUCUCUUAUUCCCAGUUCUUGGUUUAUCUUCCUCAGUUCUGGUUCCUCCUAUUACAUUCCCAAUUCUGUCUUCUCAUUUUCAGGUAUUCCCAGUUCUUGGUUCCUCUUCCUCUUCUCGUAUUCCUAGUUUUCGUUCAUCUUCUUCCUAUCUCAUUUCCAGUUCCCAAUUCUUGGUUCCUCCUGCUCAUCCUACAGCAUCUCAAGUUCUUAUUUAUUUAUUUCUUUUUAUUAUCUUUAGCCUAUUCUUUUUUUGUGGAGCUCUCGAAAUAGAUAAGUUCAGUAAGACUAUUAUUUCAAUUCAAUGUAUUGACACGAGGUCUUGUGGACUUCAUGACAUCAUUGCUUUGGGCAGUUGCAUAUUGUUAUUUUACUCUGGUCUUGCCUGUGCCAAUCAACAAUGCCGCCCGCCCCCCUUUACACACACCAGCAUUUAUAAUAUCAAAAGUAAAGUACAUUUUUUAUUCAUAAACUAGACUGGCCAUCCUUCCUGAUUGGUCUUGUUCUAUAGGGUAAAGAUUUAGCCACCUAAGAAUUCUCAUUAAUUAUAUCUUCUAUUUUCUUUCUUCUUUUCAUCCCCACAGAUAGAAAUGGGAUGAAAAUUUUUACGCUUUAUAUUUUUUUCCUUUCAUUCAUUCAUUAUCAGAAGUUUGUUAAUGAGAUGACUGGUGGUGACCUGAUGUAAGGCUGGUGAACGUGAUGUUAAGAGGUGAUGAGAGAUGGUAACGAUAAAGACUGGUGUUGGAGCGGUAAAGUGAGGUGAUGGUAAGGAUGAUGAAGGUGACAGUCAGGAAAUGGGAAUGACAAAUAGCUUUAUGCAUUUUUUUUUCUUGAGUAUUCUUUGUUUUCAUCUUUAUCUCCUUCAUCUUUUUGUGUCCAUACUUGAGGAAAUCCUUGUAUUUCUGAUGAACAACAUUUUUAACGGCAUUUUUAUCAUUAUUUCUAUCCAGCCUGGUCUCCCUAACUCCCUAAAAAGAAGAAGAAAAAAAAAAAGGGGGCGGGGAAGGACAAUUUAUAUAUCGUUUACUGUAGAAAUUUUCAUGCUCCAGUUUUUUUUUUUUUUCUCAUUUGAUUUCAUUUUAUUAUUUUAUCUUAUUUUAUUCAUUUAUUUAUUUAUUUUUAUUUAUUUAUUUUCUUUUUGAUAAGGGAUAUGAUGGGGCGGGAGGAGCCUUGUCCAUGCCUAGCCUGUUCUCUUACUCACCACGUGAUUUACGGAUAGUGGUGGUGUACAAUGCAAAGCGGCAGGUCCCCCUCACCUGUGUUGUCUGUUCUUCGCUGGUAAUUUCGUCUGUAAUUUUUCGGCGGAAUAAUCGCUG